CUCACGGUUCUCACCGUUUCACAGCUUCAACGCCUAUUUCUGAUAGGCAGCCGCCUACCGUGCCUCUACUAAUCGUUGAUGCCUCUUUACCACAGAGAAUUGGAUUUGUCUGAUAAAAAAAUUUGGAUUUACGGUCAUGGCAGAGAAAAUUGGUGAUUCAUAUCUGAAAAAGUGUUGCAAAGGUGAUUCCGCAAAGGUUAAGAGGAAGGUUGUAUUACGGGUGGUGCACGGUGCAAAGUGUGAAUUCCAGAUUUUGGAUCUAGAUACUGGUGAGUUCGUAAAAACUCCCUAUACCCUCAUAUGGAGUGGUGGAGCAGGUAGCAAUCUAAUGGUAGGAUCAAUAAUUUACACUGUUGGCAAGCCCCAAUAUAGAAAUUUAUGCAGAGAUGAAUACUCUGAGCUUUACAGCUUCGAAAACGAGAUAGUUGAAGUUCACGAGGGCCUAUCUUAUUUUGAUUUGACUAACCCUGAAAUGGGUUGGCAAAAAGGGCCUCUUUUCAAGGAGGAUGAGUAUACUCCAAAAUGUGUAGCCCUUUGUGGUAAGCUAUAUGUGUUUAGAGGUUCUGAAUGGUCUUGUUUUGGUGAGGUUUUUGAUCCUAAGCUUAAUAUGUGGGAACCCUUGCCAAAACCACCUCCUUUUUAUGGAAGGGUAUCAAGUUAUGAUGUAUCGCCUCCGCUUGUAGUUGAUCACUUGCGCGGUCGUAUCCUCGUGCAUUUUCUCCUCUCUACACCCGGCUGUUCAAUUUAUGCAUACUAUCCUGCUGAUGCUAGUUGGGAUUGCCUUGUUGAUAAAUUUGAUGGAAUUUGGGCCGGGCCAAUUGUUUUCGUUGAUGGGAUUCUCUAUAUUUAUGCCCGCAAAUCCAAACAAUUGGUUGAGGCUUAUGAUUUAAGCAGGAAACGGUGGUUGAAUGUUGUCUUAUCCUCAGAUUUUGAUGACUACUCAAAACAAGUGUUUGAUUCUUUACACCAUCUCGGCGAUGACCUGCUGUGCUUCACUACUUACUCUCAUGAACUUACCAAUUUUGAUAGUAGAGUUACUAAAGAUCACACCGUUGUUAUUUCUCUCCAAUUCAGAGUCCAGCGCUCAUCAGAUCGUGAUCAGGUGCUUCUCACUUUGGUCUCUUGCAAAUCCUCUCCUUUGGAAUCAUGCUACAAUAUUUAUGGUCAAAUAGCUAUUUAGGUGCGAGGCACAUUUGAUUGCGCUCAAAGGGAGGCGGGCAUAGGGGGUGCAUGGAUUGCGAAGUGUGCCUUGUGCCUCAUGCGUCUCUUGCAGUUGAGGCUCAUAUUAUAUGUUUUUUAUUUCUUCUUUUAAUAUAAUUUUCAUAAUUUAGAGGAAAAAUCAGAGCAUGAGAUAUUUUAGAGGAAAAUUAUCUUCAUAUUUUAUCAUCACGCAUCUUAGUAGGGAGGAUUAUCACAUAUUUUAGAGGAAAAAUAUGCACUUAGGUUAGCACAUAUUUUAGAGGAAAAAUGUGCCCUUAUGCUCAAGGUUUUUUUUUUUAACUUGGCACAAGCCUUUUUAUUGUCACAUUGUAGGCACGACACACUGCGUCAUGAGGCAUGCGGGAUUGGUACGUGAGCUGUCCCGGCACAGCCCACACCCACCUUUAUGUAGUAUAUUAAUCGUCUAUAAUAUUAGGGGGGUAUAUUGAACUUAGACUUUAUAGGCAUGCGGGCUUGGUACGUGGGCUGGUCCGGCCCGCUAGUAGCCCAUGACAAGCCACUUAAAAACAGGUUGAGCAUGAUUUUUCAAGAACAGGAAGGGCUCUUGUCCAGUUGGCCACCUACGUGGGCUGGGGUGGGCCUUUAACGGGUCGUGUGUGGAGUAUAGCUGUAUCUCACUGAUCUUAGCAAUUUUAGUUGCUCUUCUCCAAUCUCUCUCCCUUCCUAUCCAACAUUAUUCAUCUUUUGCCCUCUCUAUCUCUUAAUUUUUGUAAAUUUUGUAAUUGAAUGUUGAAGACUAGAAUACUUUUAGUUAUGAUUGUUAAAUUUCGUGGGAUAGUUAGGUUUGGAUAGUUGAAGUUUGGUGGGCUGUAUGCUUUUGUGGUUAGUUUU